UCAUUUGAAACACUGUCCCAGCUCCUUGUUUAAGUUCACUGCAAUCUGUACACAAGAGAGAGAGGGAGAGGGAGAGAGAGUGCAUGAGAGCAGAAAGCAGGUAAAGAAAGAGCUUGGUGCUACUGCUUUUCAGACCUCAGGAGCUGGAAGCCACCAACAAUGCAGAACGAGUCAAGGAUGAUCAAAGACGAAGAUGUAUGUUUCAACAUGGGCAUGAAGAGAGCGCAGCCUUUCCCCCAUUGCCUGCAGCUGGGAGCCCCAAGGAUGAAAUCUCACCAGAGACAACCCUUCACCGAAGAGUUCGGGGGACCCUUUGCCCAGUUUCGGUACGAACCUCCUUCAGGAGACCUGGAUGGAUUUCCAGGAAUCUUAGAAGGAGGUGGGUCUCGGAAACGGAAGAGCAUGCCCACUAAAAUGCCCUAUAACCACACUCCGGCUGAUGCCACAACUUCCCACCAACCUGAUAAGGACAAAAGCCACGGCUCUCCCGGCCUGCCUUUGCUCUUCCAGCAACCCCCACGCCCCAAGUAUGACGCCCAGAUGAUCGACCUCUGUAACAUCGGCUUCCAGUUCUACCGUACCCUAGAACACUUGGGGGCCAAACCCAUCAAGCAAGAGCCCAUCAAACCCAGCGCCAUGUGGUCCCACCCCCCUCCCCCACCAUUCCUAUCUACACCUUACCCCUAUUACCCCAAAGUCCACCCGGGCCUGGUCUUCCCUUUCUUCAUGCCUCCCCCAGGCUUCUCCUACAGCCGGCACCCCUUCCAGCCCAAGCGUCCAACCCAACCUCCAGUGCCCCAGAAAGCCGAGAGGCAGGACAGCGAGGAGAGCAAGCAGAAGGUGGAGCGGGUGGACGUCAACAUCCAGAUCGAUGACAGCUACUACGUGGACGUGGGCGGCGAGCAGAAGCGCUGGCAGUGCCCCAUGUGCGAAAAGUCCUACACCUCCAAGUACAACCUCGUCACUCACAUCCUGGGCCACAGCGGGAUCAAGCCCCACGCGUGCACCCGCUGCGGGAAGCUCUUCAAGCAGCUCAGCCACCUGCAUACCCACAUGCUGACCCACCAGGGGACCCGUCCCCACAAGUGCCAGGUCUGCCACAAGGCCUUCACCCAGACCAGCCACCUGAAGAGGCACAUGAUGCAGCACAGCGAAGUGAAGCCCUACAACUGCAGGAUCUGUGGCCGGGGUUUCGCCUACCCCAGCGAGCUCAAGGCCCAUGAGUCCAAGCACGAGAGCGGGAGGGAGAACAUCUGUGUGGAGUGUGGCCUGGAUUUCCCCACGCUGGCCCAGCUGAAGAGGCACCUCACUACUCACCGCGGCCCCAUCCAGUACAACUGCACCGAGUGUGACAAGACCUUCCAGUACCCCAGUCAGCUCCAGAACCACAUGAUGAAACACCGAGACAUCCGGCCCUACAUCUGCUCUGAGUGCGGUAUGGAGUUUGUGCAGCCCCAUCACCUCAAGCAACACUCCCUCACCCACAAGGGUGUAAAGGAACACAAAUGUGGCAUCUGCGGCCGGGAGUUCACCCUGCUGGCCAACAUGAAGAGGCAUGUGUUAAUCCACACCAACAUCAGGGCCUACCAAUGCCACCUGUGCUUCAAGAGCUUCGUGCAGAAGCAGACCCUGAAGGCCCACAUGAUCGUGCACUCCGAUGUGAAGCCUUUCAAAUGCAAGCUGUGUGGGAAGGAGUUUAACCGAAUGCAUAAUCUCAUGGGCCACAUGCACCUGCACUCAGACAGCAAACCCUUCAAGUGCCUCUACUGUCCCAGCAAGUUCACCUUGAAAGGGAAUCUGACCCGCCACAUGAAGGUCAAACACGGAGUCAUGGAGAGAGGAUUUCACUCCCAAGGUUUUGGAAGAGGAAGGAUGGCCCUAUCCCAGACAGUAGGGGUGUUGAGCUUGGAGCAAGAAGAGCCUUUUGACCUUUCUCAGAAACCUCGGGAGAAAGGAACCCCCUUUCACUCUGAUGGAGAGAGUGCCAAGGGCAGCUCAUGUCCUGAAGAGGAGGAGGAAGACCCCUGCUAUGAGCCCCAGCAAUACAGCCCUGGGGGGUACCGGCAGGACAAGCCCCUGUACACCCCCCAGGACCUGUCUAGAAAGACUGAGCAAGUGAUGAAAACUCUGCAAGAAUCCUAUGGUGAGGAGAAGGAAGACACUGGGAACGAAGCCUUGGAGGAAAAGGGGAAAGACAGUGAUGGUGACGGUGACGGUGACGGUGCAGAAGGAAGCCGGGAGAGGGACUUUGCAUGCAAAGACAAGCUCCGCAGCUUCAGGGCUUUUCAGAGGAGCAGGCUCGAGCCUUCUUUUUCUGAUUAUCUUUACUUUAAGCACAGGAAUGAGAGUUUAAAAGAAUUACUGGAGAGGAAAAUGGAAAAACAAGCGAUGCUUUUAGGUAUCUGAAUGGACAGCUUCGAAAUUACCUUUGGAAAAUGAGAAGCCAGGCCUCAGAUGCAGCUUUCAGCGGGAACUGUAAUUUGCUGGGGACUGCCCAUUUGGGCAGCUCCUUAAAAAGAUGAUCGAACCCAAUCAGGAAGAACAAUUUAAGGCAAAGUAAAUGCCUCGAGGGGGAGUCUGUUGGCCCUUUAAUGGCAAUAGCACAGUCUGGAGUCUUCCUUCAGUGUUAUUAUAAUCCCUACUAUUAGAACAAUGUAAUAUUCCCAUGGAUAUUUAAUUGCAAGUGGAUUCUCAGUUAGUUGGUUACAGAGAUUUUGUUUUCCUCUUUCUAUGUGCAUCACACCCAUGCCCUCUCUUUCUAGUUGCCAAAUAGCAAAAGUUCUUCAGGUAUUAACAUACUAAUGAUGAUUUAGUAACAAAUAGACAUAUUAGAUCUCAAGAAAAUAUUUUCCCCCCCAAAUGGACUAAAAUAUCAUUAAGUACAUAUAUGACAAUAGCAUUUAAUAAUUCUUUUAAAAGCUUCCCAUACAUACCAGAAAUGACUGAUAACUCAAAAAUUAGUCAUGGGACCUGAAUGUUCCCAAGAUGUUGCUGUAAGGGUGAGAUGAUCUAAGAUAAGACUUUCUAUAUUGUCCAGUGUCUGAGAAGUUGGAUUGGGGGGGGGGGAAGACCCAAAUAAAUUCCUAACUAUACAUACUAAUGCUCUGCCCCAGCUCACUUUUGUUGGGAAAAGACUGGAGAUAAAAUCUUCAUGGCUAUCUAAUAAUAAGCCACGUGUUCUAGAUCUCCAGCCAAACAUGCAAUGUGAAUAACAGCAAAGAGCACCAGCUAUGAAGUUUAGCAAUCCUAGAUUCUAGUCCCAGCCUUGGUCACUUGAGUCGGUCGCCCUAGAAGAGUCUUUGUUGUCUCACCUGUAAAAUAAAGGUGGUGUACUGGAUGAUCUCUAAGGCCCCUCCUAGCACUCAAUCCUGUGAUCAGAGGAUUUUGAGAAAUGUGCCCAUCACCACACCUAAGCUUUAUGCUAACAGAAGCAGUAGGGAAAGAAUGCAUUUUGCUAGGGGAGCAGUAACUUAUUCAGGCUUCAGUCAAUUCAGGCCUGGAACUGGGAAAGUUGUCCUCCCUUGAAAUUUAAGCUCUGACUUUUGGGGAUUUUACAGCAAUGAACAGAGAAGCCUAACACAGAUGAAAUAUUAUAGUAUUAUUCACCUGGCUUUGGAACCCUUGCCCUGUAGGACAAGAAACACUUGCCCCCUGACCUCUAAAGAGCCAAGUCAUCAGCAUGAGUGAUUUGGCUCCUUCUCAUCAAAAAAGAAACAGGUUUCCUAUUAUGUGUCUACUUUGCUUUAAUCAUUGCUAGAAUAUGUACAUACAUAACACAUCUAUAUAUUGAUAUACAUGUAGAGGUGUGUGCAUACAUACACUUUUUUUUGUAUAAGAAGAUGCUUGUGGUGUCUGUUUUCAUUUAAUUGUAUUGAAAAAAAUGCAAGAUCCACCUUAAGGGUGAUGAUUUCUAACUGGACACUAUGCCCACAAUUCCACUCGAAGCCUCUAGGAAAAUAUGCUGACCUCAAGACACCAUCAUUACGGUUACCUUUGUAAGUUAAUGCCAAAUAUUUGAAAAAUGUAUUUCUUCUUUGCUGAUCUCCCAGGAGAUUGGUUCAGGUUCCUGUGAUGCCAGGGCAUUUCCCACAUCCAAACAAGUGCCUUCCACAUUCACAUACUAAGGCUGGGGUCAAUUCUGCCCAGCAUCCUUCUGUCUUCCACAUCACCCUAUUGCUCAUCCCACUGACUAUUCCUAAGUGAGAGGGGAUGGUUCUAAAACAUAGGAAAGAACAGUAAUUCAUUGAGAUGACACAUCAUUAUGAAAACUCUUCACAAAAAGGAAUGAUCAAAGCAAUUGGACCCAAGAUGCAUUCUUCUCAUGAUGGCUAAAUCCCUUUGGGUAGGAUUUCCUGUGGCAGACUUGUAAAUUUCAAUGAACCAACAUCCCUUCAGCUCAUCACGGUGCCAGGAGCCAAUCAUAGUAUACGGCCACAAGCUGUAGGCUACACCUUCCUCCUCUGUAAUUCCAGAAGUAAAUUCCACAGUCAUAGAGAACAGAAAUCUGGUAGAGGCACAAAGUAGAAUGGACCACUUUAUAACAGAAGCCUAGCCCUUCAAAAAAAACCCAAAACAACAACCAACAACAAAAUUUCCCAUCAGCCAAGAAGCAGGGUUUGGCACCAAUUGGCCUAAGUAGUUCAUGUAAUAUUUUACUUCCUCCCUUUCUCUUCCUUCAGGUCACAGUUUGUUGACCAUAUCAACCAUUUCACUGGUAUUAAUGUCAGAACAAAAAUGCCUUUCUUUGAUUUCCAACCAGCUGGAGAAUGAUGGCUACAGAAAUAUGGAAUAUGAGGGCAUUGGGUAUAGGCUAAAUGGAUUCAAUGGAAAGCUGUCAUAAACUUGACCCACAAGCAUAUUCCUAGUGUAGCCCCCAUGGCGCUAAUUAUCAAGUCAGAUCUAAAAACCUGACAACAGUGAUGGGGCUUAAGUGAGCAUAUGACUUCCAUGUGAAUGCCCCUCCUCAUGUUUUUAUUCGAAAUAUUUGAGUUUGGAAGUAGGACGAUAAACUUAGUGGUUCCUUUUAAAAAUAUUACCUUUGAAAAAUCCUAGCCAGAAGCGUGAGUAGUAAAGACUAGUAGAUAUUUCCAACCAACACAGUGAUAAUUAGAAGUGAUUAUUGACAGUUAGACUAAUUUUUAUAUGAACAGAGUAGUUAUAGAAGUAGUUGUUAAAAAAACUUGGUACUAGAAAUCAAGUAUAUUGUGGGCUGUGUUCAUUUUUGCCAAUGAUUUGGUGUCUGAUCUAAGGCUUCAAAAGGAUUAAUUGAAUCUAAAAUAAGAUUAGAUUUUGGACCACCACAGGCUGCACAUUGAGUCAUGUCCAUGAUAUAGGUGCUUCAGGAUGUCCUAGAAUAUAAUGCUUUCCCCCUGGCAUUUGGUUUGCCAUAUGUCCUGGUGUUCGCCAUCUCAUUCCAAUGGACCACCCAACAUUGGAAUGAAAAUUUAAGAGUUCAUCAAGAAAACCAUUUUUAGGUACCAAAGGAAUAUAACCAGAGUUCCCAAUUUAGGGAACUUGACAUCAAUUCUCAGAAACCAUUGUAGAUGAUAAAUACUGUAGGUCAGAGAUGUCAAACAUGAAGCCUGGGCAGCAGGAACCAGAUUAAAAUGUAAUUGGGAAAUAUUUAACAAGAUGAAAAAAAUACAGUAAAACAUAGGUGUUAAUAAGUGGUUUUCCAAAUCAAUAUGCCACCUACAGGGAUCCUUAUGUACAGUUUGGUGGCUCUUUUUCUAUUUAAUAAUAAUAUAUAGCACUAACUGUAUACUAGCCAUUGUGUUGAGUGCUUUACAAUUAUCUCAUUUGAU